AUGCCAAGUUUACUUUGCAGGCCAAUCAAGGAAGGAAGGAUGGAUCUUGACUACCUAUGUGAUAGAGAGUUGGUUCAAGAGAGCUAUGAUCAAGAUGAUGAGAAUGUCAUUAACCUUUGGGUGCAAACCAAAGGAGAUGAUUCACUCAUGGAAAUAAGUGCUCAAGAGUAUCAAGGGAGUUUGACUCUAGGUUGUUUUCGUUCUAGUGCUUUGAAUUGGUGGAAGCUAGUUUCAAAUAUCUAUUCGCAUCAUUGGUAUCGUAAUUUGGAAGAUUGGCAUGAUUUGAGGAAUGCUUCGCGAGAAAUAUAUGAUGGUACUAACACCUUUGAUGAAGCAAAAGUAAAGUUGCUCAAUUGUAAGCAGAAUGGUAGAUCCGUUCAAUCUUACUUUGAGGAGUUAGAAGGUUUGUUUCUGAGUUCGGGGGUGGAUGAGAACGACUACAUGUUGACAGAUCAUUUUCACUAUGGCUUGGACAAGGGGUUCAAACAACACCCAAAGAUGAGGAGGCAAUCAAGGCCCUAUGAGGCAUACUAUGCUGCCUUAGAAGUGGAGAGAAAGCAUGAUACUUCUUGUGGUUGGAAUGGUCCAAUUGAGGAUCAAGGGCCAAUCAAGGAAGAAAGGAUGUAUCUUGACUACCUAUGUGAUAGGGAGUUGGUUCAAGAGAGCUAUGAUCAAGAUGAUGAGAAUGUCAUUCACUUUGGGGUUCAAACCAAAGGAGAUGAUUCACUCAUAGAAAUAAGUGCUCAAGAGUAUCAAGGGAGUUUGACUCUAGGUGCUCCAUGA